AAUAGUCAUAGCUUAAUGUCGCUGGAGGAUAUAGAGUGUGUACGGGUGAAGGCGGAGCCCCCAUGGGACACAGAGCAGCCCCAGAACGCCCAGGCCGGUCACACAAGUACGGUCAAGGCAGAGCCUGAGUCAGAGAGUGAGGAUGCCGGCCUGCACCUCAAACUUGAGGUGAAAGAGGAAAUUGAGAUAGAAAUUGGCCAUGAGGUGUAUCAGCAGUCCGAAGUGCCAUUAGAAUGUCCAGGGCAAACUCAACACGAAGAAGCGGCACAACCAGACUCGCAAUUUUCAAUUCUUAGAAAAACACUUAUUCACGGCAAAAAUGCAGACGAGAACCCAUACAAGUGCAACUAUUGCAAUUACUCUAGUACCAAUAAGAAUCAUGUAAAAAAUCAUAUUGUGACGCAUACUGGAGAGAAACCAUACAAGUGUGACUACUGUCCAUACAUUUGUGCCAGAACUGGUGAUUUGAACCGUCACAUGAAGAUACACACUGGUGACACUUUUAAAUGCGACUACUGCACUUACGCUUGCGCAAGUAAGCGUCUCCUAAAACAACAUUUAUUUACUCACGGUGAUAAACCUUACAAAUGUAAACACUGCAGUUAUGCAGCAAACAAUGCCAGUAAUUUCAACAAUCAUAUGUUGAUACACACAGGCGAGAAAUCCCACCAAUGCAACUACUGCUCCUACUCCACUUCCCGAAAAACCGAUUUAACGUGUCAUAUCAGAAUACACGUUGGUCUAAAGCCUUACAAAUGUGAUCAGUGUGGUUAUGCAAAUGCCAAAUUAGGUAAUUUAAGACAUCAUAUGAAGAUACACACGGGUGACACACCUCACAAAUGCGAGCAAUGUGACUACGCUAGCGCAUAUAAAAGCAAUUUAAAGGCUCAUAUGAAGAGAGUACAUAAAAAGGAGUUAGCCUCGUCUGAAUAAGGCGGCCCGUUCCGUUUUUAGCGUUUACACUUGUGUCCGACCGCAUCAAAUAAUUGAAGGGAUGUUU